UGCACGACAAAAUGGCGGCACAGGGGAAGAAGAAACAGAAGAUGAAGGGCACCAAGAUGGCCCUGACCGACUUCUUGUCGGAUGACAAGAUCGGCAAUCAGGACUCACCCGGAGGAUCCAACAGCUAUGAAAGGGGUGGCUACGGAGGGCGAGACACGAGAGGUUACGGAGGAAAGGUAGACAGUUGGGCUGCUGAGAUGGAUUCCUUAACUAUGGAUGAUAUGGGCGAUAUGGAUUAUGGCAAACCAAUGAUCGACCGCUCCAAGCUGCCAACAGCCCCAAAAGCAUCACGAGGGCCAGAUGUAGACAUGUCUAAAGUACCAAGUAGUCCUCCUUUUACUGCCUUCAUAGGAAACCUCCCUUACGAGGCAUCUGAAAUGAGUAUAGAAGAGUUUUUCCAAAAAUUAAAUGUUGUGAAUGUACGUCUACCCAAUGAUGGCGGACGCCUGCGAGGAUUUGGAUAUGUAGAGUUUGCUGAUAGACAAUCUCUAAUUGAUGCUUUGUCUAUGAAUGAUGAGACCAUGGGUGGACGUCAGAUACGUGUAGAUUUAGCGGGACAGAAUCAGCAAAAUGAUCGAGGUGGAGGUGACAGAGGCGGGUUCGACAAGCGAGAGAAUGAUGGCCCAGACCGAACAGAGAGUGACUGGAGACGAAGAGAUCCUCAACAAGACCAUGCACCUAACCCAGAACCUGAUCGGAGCAGUGCACCGGGCCGUUGGGGCAGCAAUCAGGAUGAUCGAGGGCCACCAUCAAGAGGAGGCUAUGAAAACGACAGAGGGGGCUUUGACAGAGGCCCACCAAGGGGUGGUGGUGGUUUCAGCAGAUAUGAGGAGGCACCAAGCAGAGACAGAUAUGAUGAUCGAGGCUCCUCGAGGGGCUUUGAUGAUCGGGGGCCCCCUAGGGGUGGCAGUUAUAACAGAGAUGACAGAGGAUAUGAUCGCUAUGACGACCGUGGAGGGCGGGAUGGUGGUUAUGGAGGUAAUAGAGGCAGAGGUUAUGGCAGAUAUGAUGAUGGCAGAGGUCGUGGAGAUCGAGGCUACGACAGAGAUGGCGGUAGACGUGGCUAUGGAUCUGGAUAUCGUAAUGAUGACCGAGGUGGAUAUGAUAAUAGGUAUGGGGGCAGGUAUGACAGAGGUAGCAAGGAGCAAAGUCAAGAGGGUCCUAAAGAGAGACCAAGGCUGAAUUUACAACCGCGUACAAAACCGGUAGAGGAGCCAGUCAAGGUGGCGGCUGUUCCAAAGCCCAAACCUGCAGAAAAUAGGUCAGCUUCUAUAUUUGGGAGUGCCAAACCUGUUGACACAGCAGCUAAAGAAAGAGAAAUUGAAGAACGACUAAAAAAGAAAGAAGAAGAAUACCGUCGAGGUUAUGAUGAUGAGAAAGAAAACAGGAACUACCACAACAACUCCCAGCAUGUCAGUCACAGUGGGCCGGGACGGACCAGACAUGAUUCUACGGAGAAAAUGGAGGGACGACAACGUAGACUUAGCAGUGGCAGUAGUGGCAAAGGCCGACCUGGUCCCCACCCAAUCACAUCACCGUCAAGGUCCCGACGGGACAGUGAGAUAUCAAAUAACUCCUCGGAGGUGUUCAUGGGGGGUGAAGAUAGUAAAGAUGCUCCCAAGAGUCCGGUGUCAACAACACAGCGCGAGGAAGUUAAGCUGGUCCCUGCUCCUCCACCCCCUGUGAACAUCUGGGAGAAACGAAAGACAGAUGGUCCAAAUACAACCACAUCACCUCCAAAAAGUGAAUCUAAGUCAGCACUCCCACCCCCACAGACAGAGACAUCACCAUCUGCUCCAUCUGCCUGGGGGCGGGGCCGCCACAUUGAUGGACAUGCUGAAGACGCCCCAAGCAGUAAUGCAUGGGCCAAGAAGGCUCAUGACAAACCACAUGAUCAUCCGAGACAGACGGAUCAGCACAGGCCAUCGGGACGCGGAGAAUCGUCAGGAGGAAACGCCUGGGGACGAGGGGGCAAAUCACAGCCCAAGGAAAAGGUUCUUCCCAAAAGCAUAGACGAAAUGCCCAAAUUGGAAAAUAAGUCCAAACAGGAUUGGAGUGACAAAAACAAGUUUUCCAGUCUCUUGGAGGAUGAAGAUGACAACUAGAUGCAUGGAGAAUUUGUCAUGUGUCUGUCAUUCUGUAUUUCGAAGCUCAUUUUGUGAAGGUUACUGUUCGUCGCGCAUUAAUUGUCAAUUGAUGGCAAAGUCUGCUCUUUUCAAAUGGCUUUAUUUAUACCUGGGAGUGAGAAACCUUGUUCUGAACUGAGCCUGAAUUGGUUUAGCUUUUUGUUUGUCCGACCGUCCUCACCACUGUUAACUUGUAACGUGGACAUGCACUACAGUAGUGUCAUGGUGGUCUUUUUAAAGGUAGAUAUAUGCAUGGUCCAAUCCAUUUAUCAUUUUGAUGUAUAUGAGCACUUUGUGAGGGAAGGAUUUUUCACAGAAUUAUUUCAUGACUUGUUUAAAAACAAAAAAAGUGUUUAAGAUGCAUGCUCUUGUUCUGUCUAUUUAUAGGAGAUUUCAGAAGUGUAGAAUUUCUUUGGUAAUGCUCUGUUGCAGGUUUUUUUAUCAUCUUAUAUGGUGAUGAAAAUUUUUUGAAAAACCGAUGAUGAAAUAUUUCACAGACUUAAGAUGAAAUAGGAUUGACUUGGCAGAGCACCUAUGGGUAUCUGUAUUUCAGUAAUAUUGUAAUGUUUAUAUAUAUUUUGAAGGUAUGAUACACAACAUCUAUUUUAGUUUUAUUAUGUAAAGAAAUUAGAUGUUAAAAAGGACUUUUAAGGUGAAAUCUGAAAGAAGAAAAUAGAAAACUAUCGGAUACUCUCCAAGAUCACAUUGACCUUGAUCAGGGUAUUUUUUGGUGCAUUCUGUUUAAAUAUAAUGCAGCAAAAGCUUUCAUGAAAAAAUUAAGAAAGUGAAUACAGUAUACCCAUUUGUUAGAUUGUUGCAAACCCCAAUUCCUCCAAAGGAAUUUGUAAAUACAUGAAGUACUUUUACUUUGAAAUAAACUGUAUAUGUCUGAGAGGUGGCAAUCUGGAGUUGCCCAGACUAAUGCUAAUUUGUCUAGGAAGUCAGAAAAAAUGUUUACACAGUUUAUAUUUACAAUGGUCCUUGAUUAAUUAUCUGAAUAUAUGAAAAUGAAAUUGAUGUAUGGCUUAAUUGGUCAUACUUUCCCCAUUGUCAGAUGUUGGAAUUUAAGGUUCUGAUUAAUUUAUUUCCACUAACACACCAAACAGAUAUUAUUUAUCCCCGACAUGUGCACAGAAGUUCCUUGUUCAUAAGGUUGUGUGUAGCACAAUUCUGUUUAUUUGGCAAUGAUAUGGUACAAUGGAAUACUUUGUCAGCUCCAUUACAGUGUAGGUCGGCACAUAUGAUGCCCAAAUGUAAUUAUACUCCUUUUUACAAUGCAUGGCUUUCAAGCAUCGGUCCAGUAUCUGUACAGUCAAGUAUACUGCAUUAAAAGAUCAUUUCCCUGUGGUCUGUUUUUCACAAUAUUGAGGAUACACUAAAAAUUGCAAAAGCUUGUAUAUACUGGAAUAGAAGAUAAAAUCAACUGAAAAAAUUAUGCUGAAAAUACAUGAUUUUUGGUUUUGCAAAACUGUUAAAAGUUUAAUCUUAAAAACCUCUAAACAUACCUGGGUAUCAUUAGGUGAUUUUGUGAGGAGUUAGGCUGCCAUUAAUUUAUAUAAACUGAUAUUUGAAUUACAUUGUGUAUUUUAGAAUGUGAUGGCUCUGGAAUUUUUAGGUCAUCUGACCUGAAGGGUCAGGAUGACUUGGUCAUCUAGCUUCUUCCCUCGUCAGCAUUCCGCCGUGCGUAAACUUUUCACAUUUUAAACUUCUUCUCAAGUUCCACCAGUGGGAUUGAGCUGAAACUUAAAAUGAUUCGAGGAUGGUAUUAACCAAGUGUUGUUACUUUUAAGGAGGGUUUGAAAUGGCAGCCAUCUUGAAAUACACAUUUUAAACUACUUCUCCAGUUGCACUGCUGCCAUUUAGCUGGAAAUUGGUGAGAUGUUCUGGAAGGGGAGCCAACAAAGUGUUUUCAUUUCUCGACCUCGUAAAAACUUUGAUAUGGCAGCCACUGCUGCCAUUUUGUAACAUGAUUGCACAGUCAUGGUUUUCCUGAACGACACCUAUUUUAAACUUCUCCUCAAGUUCCACCUGUGGGAUUCAGCUCAGCCUUGGCUAUAAUAAUCUUGAGAUGGUUAUCACCAAGUGUUAUUUUUCUGGUCGGUCCAAAAUCCAAGAUUGCCGCCAUGGCCAUCAGUGCCAUUAUAUAUUUGCUACUGAGUAUGUAUACUACAAUAAUACAAGGGUCUUUAGAGUCAGAUGACCAAAAGGCCUAUGGGCAUCUUGUUAUUGUUAGGGAUUUUCCCCAAUGGUGAAAAGACCUAUUGUUUUUGUUAUGUUUCUUCAUAUUCUUAUUAUUAUUAUCAUCAUUCUGGAGGGACCGCGGUUGCCGAGUGGUUAAGGUGUCCUGACACUUGAUCACUAGCCUUCAACCUCUGGGUUGCGAGUUCGAAACCCACAUGUUGCCUGGUACUGACUGUAGGCCGGUGUUUUUUUUCUCUGAAUACUCCAGAUUCUUCCACCUCCAAAACCUGGCAUGAAAUUAAACAACCUUGUCUGUUAUUAGGACAUUAAACAAAAUAAACCAAAUAUUCUUCUGGAGAGGAAUUGUGGCCUCUAGAUCUCUAAAUUGGAAAUAGAUAUGGCCAAUGUCUAUUGUGUGCAAUAAAGGCCAUAAGUAGGUCACAUAAAAAUGGUAUGCCAUUUUGAAUAUUUCCUUUGAUCUUUUGGGUAUGCCGACCAUUCACAUUUUACACUUCUUCUCAAGUUCGACCAGACGGAUUCUGCACAAACUUUCAUAAAAUGACCGAGUUGGUGAUGAUCAAGAUUUAUAUUUUUUGGGUCAGUCUGAAUCAAAUAUGACUGCUUUGACGUCAUACCUGAAACGUUUAAAAUAACCAGGAUUAAAAAAAAAAAAAAAAUUUUUAACAACUUCUCUAUUUAGUCUGUGGCAUGCUUCGGGGCAGAGUUACGAAUUUUGUUCAAAUGAAUGACCUUGACCUCCAUUCAUGGUGACAGAGGUCAAAUAGGCAUAAAUCUUUAAACGACUUCUCAAUAACCAAAAGGUCCAGAGACCCGAUGUUAGGUCUGUAGCAAGCUAGAAUUUAUGGCUUCAAAGUUCGUUGAUAAGGAUGACCUCCAUUCAAGGUCAUAAUGGUCAUUUCUGCCUUAAGUUUGUAAAAGGUGUGAAAAGGCCAUCAAAUUGUCCAUGACAAUUUCUAGUUUAUAUUUAUUAGUUUCUUUGCUAAAUUUUAUGGACAAGGCCUUUUCAGAUUGUAUUUGAAAUUUGUGUUGAAGUUUCUCAAGAGAAGGAAUACAUUUGAAUACACAAAAUUCUGUUUUUGUGAGGGAUAUGUGUAAGAUUUCAAACCAUCAUGAAUUGUUCUACAGAACAAUGACAGGAAUUUAUUGUGUUCUCUCUAUGAAUUUUUAUAAUCAUGGUUAAAUGGUACAUAUAAACCUGUAUGUGUGUUUGUUUGCUGUUUUCUGGAGUUUAAUUUUUGUUUUUGUUGUUAGCACCAUCUAUACCAGAAAUGACCUGGCUGUAAUUGAUAUAGCUUGGUCCGAUAUUUUUUGCACCCAAACAAGACAUUUUAAACAGAUCAAGAAUGAUGAAGGACAGAGGGCAAAGUCAAGGUCAGAUGUAGUAUCUUUUCACUUUCAUUUUGUUAUUGAAUUUUGAAGCAAAGUUGCUCAGAACUAUAAGUCAGCUGACCACAGGUCUAGGUCACUUCAUGGAUGGAAGGGUAAGGUGCUACACAUUUCCCCCUGGGAAUGGGUUUAACUUUACUAUAGUUUAUAUAGGAAAAUCACAUUUUUAGCACAAUUUGUUUCAUUUCCAAUCAUACCUGGUUAGAAUAAUUAGUAUUUGAUAGCUAGCAAUUUGAUGGUGUGCAUAUAUUGACCUUGGCUGACCCCCAGGGACUGAGGGACGGUACCAGAAAAUUUCAUAUUCACUGAAAUUGCGGAAGUCUCAAAAUCUUGAUAUCAAAAUUUCAAAAACCUCAGAUAUGGUAGAAUCAAAUACUAUUCAUGGGUAGAAGGAUCUUUAGAUUGUAAAUGUCAUGGUCCCAGAGUUAUACAUUUCCCCAGGGGAAUUGUUUUGUAAUUACAUUGGGCUUCUUGUUUAUAAACUUUUAACGUUUACAAUCUAAAUGCAUAUCAGUAAAGUUGGAUGUAUGCUUUCCAUUCCACACUACUUCUCGCACCCAAAUCAUACAUAUAAUUGCCAUCCUGAUUAUCACUUAAUUUACAAAUGAAAUUCACAUUUACUCAUCAUACUUGUACAUAUAUAUCAUUGGCCUAGUCACCAGGUGUUAGGCAGAAUGCCCGUUUAUUCUUUUCCUCUUUGGUGAGAUGCUCAAAUUGAAUCUGUACAUAUAUGUAAACUAUCAUGAAGGGCGUCUGACAUUUUGACUUAAUCUCUUGCAUUGUAAAUAAUGCCACCCGAUAUUGGGUGUACAAUCGAUUUAAUAAAAUAUUCCAAAAUAUACAUUUAAA